GGGCAAACUUUCCAGCCGACAAGAGUUGUUCGAUGCUCUGAUCCGAGGCCCAUCGAGGAGGAAGAGGAAACUCCCGCAGAAAGUGGACGGAGCUUCUUGGGGCACUCUUUCUUCGAGCCCCCGUCUCCGUCAUCUCCGACGGAUCCAUCAGAGGAGACGCUCCAUCAAUCGAUGGAGAGCUCGUCCAGGGCGCUUGAUGGUCGCGGUGACGGUCAGGGCGAGAACGUUAAACCCGUCAAUAAUCAAUUUUCGGUGGGAAUGACGGUGUCAGACAUCGCGGCUACUCCCACAACUGCGAAGCAAGUGAGAAAUCUUAUGAAAUCUCACGCGGAACUUCACCCCGUACCGCCGAAAACACCGGAGACGGUCGCAUCGGUGAAACGGCUCUCACUGCGCCCUGAAAAUGCGCAAUCGCCCGUGAAGGAACCAAUAGCGGCUAAGAAAGACUUGGAGACCUCCACAACUCACUGCGAUGUUCCCAAUAAGCUAUGUCAGAACACCAUUCAACGCACCGGGGAUCACGAGGACAAAAUAUCCUCUACGCCCAUGGCGUCGAUCCUGGGGAAGAAGGCUGCUCCGCUCAAGAGCGAGACUAGCCGCCGCCUGACUUCGACUCCCAUUACGAGUCGAGGGAACUCGAGGUCGUCUCUGGCGAAAACCUCGAACCUUCCAACUACAACGAACCUCAGGUUGUCACCAAAAAAACACAUGCAAAAAUCAUCGGUGGAUCAGACACCAUUAAAGACCAGCCUGACAGUGAGCGCUCAGCGAGCGGCAGAUGGGAAGUCGGAGAGCUCGACAAUUUCGAAACUGAGGCUUCUCCACGACGGUUCAGAAUAUCCGGAGAUGUCGCUCAGUGCCAGACGAGCUCGGAGCCAUCCGAGAGCUUCUUUCCUCGAGCCAUCGCUGAGAAAUAAACUUCGGCGCGAUAAGUGAAUAGGAGGGCCAUAAUGGUGGCGUGGGCGAAGUUCCGAGAACUUCGUCCGAAUUCAUGUUUGCAAACGCAUUCAUCUCUUAAAUAAGACGGGUAGAUGGGUCGAUGAACGUCGGUCUUCUGUCAAAAAUCUUUCUAAGUGAAUCGAGACAUCUUCAAAGAAUAAAUUUCAUA